AUGAAGAAGUUUUUGUCCAAGUCUAGGAAGUCUUCAUCUGCUGAAUUUACAAAUGAAGAUACGAUACACGAAGAAGAUCCAACAAAGAUAUUACCUUCAAGAACUAAUCACUCAAAUGAAUCUUACGACUCAAUACAAGAUUUAAGUCCCAUGUUCGGGAAACAAAGUACUUCUCAAACUAAUGCAAGUCAGCAUCAGCCAUUGCAACAGCCACUGUCGUUGGGAUUCUUUGAUACUUCUUUAAAUUUGAAUCCAUCAAUAUCAAAUACGAAUACUCAUCCAAUAAGUAUACAAGAUAAAAGUUCAUUAUUUUCAAGUAAACAAUCAUUCUCAACUAAACAAUCAUCAUAUCAGAGUAACUCACAGCAGAAAAGACAUCAGUAUCAGUUUGGUUUUGGUGGUCAGUCAUUACAAAUUCUAAAGAUAGAUGAGGAACCUCAACAACAGAAUAAACUUAAAGGGAACGACACCAGUUCUAGAGAUAGAAUUUUGGAUGAAUUGAGGAAAUUAAGUCAAAACUUAGAAUAUAUAAUGUCACAAUAUACCAACUUAACUACUAAUUUAUCGACAACGGUUGUUAACUCCAUAGAAUGUUUCAAAAGUUUCAAUGCAAUCACGAGUAAGAAUACACAAUUGGAUAUAACUUCCUCUACCAAUUUAAAUUUGAGAAAGAUUAUAAAAAUUUACUUGAACUUUUAUGAUAUCUUGUUAAAAGACGAUGUGUAUAUAAAAUUAAGGUUGAUAUUAGUGAAACAUUUCAAUGAUUUUGCCAAUAAGUUUAACAAUAAUAAAAGACAAGAAUUGGAGAACUUGGUUUUGAAACCUCAAAAUUUUGCUAUAGGAUCUGGAGAUACUAAAAACUUUCCCAAUGUAGAUGUUUUAAGAAGGAUCAUGGAUAAAAUGUCACAAACCAAUAUAUCGAUCAAUGAGCAAAAUGGUUCAUUCAUAGCACCGAUAAUGAGGGGCGUUUCUCAUAAUUUAAGCGUUUUAUGUUUAUACUUUGGAUAUCCUGAUCCUCAAGAUAUUCACUACAAGCUAACUCAAACUAUUCAUGACUUGUAUGAAGAUAUUCAUGUUUUGGUUAUGAAAAAUCGAAUAGAGUUAGCAUCAUCAGUCUCAUCACAGCCUCAUAUAUCAAACUUUCCUAAGUCUGCAUCAUCUAAAACCCCUUCAUACUCAUCUUCACAUCAAACAAUACAGAAGUUCAAACUACCAUUCAGAAUUCCAACAGAUCCAUAUGAACCACCAAUGUCUAUUUCAAUAUCAACUGAAAACUCAUCAAAAGUUUCGGGAACAAUGGGUGGCUAUAUUUAUCCUAAAAUUAAUCUCAAAAAGCAACCUCAUUUGAAAAGUUAUGCCAACUCAAAAUUUGCCAUAUCUUGUGGUCAUGUCUGCCUAGAUUCUACAAAUCCUACAAAUUAUCCAAAUAUUGCAGCACCUUCACCUUCAUUAAUUUCAUUAUAUAAAGAAGCACUAUUGACUCAAUUUCAGCGAUCAAAUCAAAAUUCAGAAGGUUCAGUAGCUUAUAAAGCUAUUUUGACCCAAAUGGAGCAAAUGUUUCCUCUUAAAAAGGUCAAAAUCUCAACUCAAAAUGGAGAGGAGCAUUACGAAUUAAAAAAUUUACCAAAAUUACGAUUUGGACAAAUAAUAUGGGGUGAAAGAACCUUGAUUAAUUUAAGUCCGAAACCAAAUGAAAUUAGCGGAAUAAUAGAAAAAAAAUUAUCGGAUUUAGCGAUAAUAAAGGUUAAUAAAGCAAUGAAAUGUAAUUCAAACUAUUUGGGUGAUGAUGUUCAAUUUAAUGAAUAUGAUCCAUCGUUGAUAAUGGAAAAUUUAUAUGUUCGAAAAGUCUUGAAUUUGAACAGAUUUGAGCCCAAACCAAUUGAUGAAAAUAUUCAAGAAGUAGACUCACAAAUAUCAGCUGGCUCUGAUCCAUCGAACGAUACUUCAUAUCACGGAUUAUCAGUUUUUAAGUACGGAUCUACAACAAGGUAUACAAGAGGAAAUUUGAACGGUAUAAAAUUAGUCUACUGGUUAGAUGGUUCAAUGCAUUCGUCUGAAUUUAUUGUGAAUUCAAUUGAAUUUAAUUCCUCAUUUGCUAGUGGUGGUGAUUCGGGAAGUUGGAUCUUAACAAAAUUACAAGAUAUUGAUAGUAAUUCGCAGGGCUUAGGGGUCCUAGGAAUGUUACAUUCUUAUGAUGGUGAUUACAAACAAUUUGGGUUAUUUACACCAAUGUGUGAAAUAUUAGCAAGAUUAGAAGAAGUCACAAAUAUUAAAUGGGGAGUAGUUGGUUGUGUUGAUGGAAAGGGUUAUGAUGAUGAUAAUGAUGAUGGCGAAAACGAAAACGAAAACGAAGUUGAUAGCGAAGAUAUAGAUUAA